AUGGGCAGGGUCAUAAAUAACACAUUUGCAUUCAUUUUCAUUGUGGAAUUCAUAAUUGGAAAUUUGGGAAAUGGAUUCAUAGCACUGGUGAACUGUGUUGACUGGGUGAAAAGAAGAAAGGUCUCUUUGGCUGAUCGAAUCCUCACUGCUUUGGCAAUCUCCAGAACUGCUCUGCUCUGGUUAAUAUUCUUAAGUUGGUACGUAUCUAUGUUUAAUCCAGCUUUAUUUAUGUCUGAAAAAUUCUCUAGAACACUUACUGUCACCUGGACAGUGGCCAAUCAUUUUAGCGUCUGGUUUGCUACAAGCCUCAGCAUGUUUCAUUUUCUCAAGAUAGCCAAUUUUUCCAACUCGAUUUUUCUCUACCUAAAGUGGAGAGUUAAAAAGGUGGUUUCAGUGAUACUUCUGGUGACGUUGGUCCUCUUGUUUUUUAAUAUUGCACUGAUAAACAUCCAUGUUAAUACCUGGAUUAAUGGAUUUGAAAGAAACAGGACUUGCAUUUCCAUUUCAAGUAACUUUGUACAAUUUUCCAGUCUUCUUUUAUUCACCAACACUACGUUCACUCUCGUACCCUUUACUUUGUCCCUGACAACUUUUAUCCUGCUAAUCUCUUCCCUGUGGAAACAUGUUAAGAAGAUGCAGCAUGGUGCCAAAGGAUCUGCAGAUGCCAGCACCACAGUCCACAUAAGAGCCAUGCAAGCCGUGAUCGCCUUCCUCCUACUAUAUGCCGUUUUCUUUCUGUCUUAUUUAAUACCAGUUUGGAGCUCUGACUUGGUGGAGAAAAGUCUGAUCAUCACGUUUUGCCAGCCUUUUGGAAUUGCUUAUCCUUUAGGCCACUCAUGUGUCCUGAUUCUGCACAACAGUAAGCUGAGACAGGCCUCUGUUUCGGUGCUGCGGUGGCUGAGGUGCAGGUUCAAAGAUGGGGAGCCCUCAGGCCAUACACCAUUUAGGGAAUCCUCUUGA